CAUCUGAUACCGCGCGACAUUUGGGCAGUGCAGCAUCGAUGCGUGUCAAAAUUUGCAAGAGAGGUCUUUUCAUCACAUAGGCGCCCUGAGACACGCCAGCGCGCAAAAACAACGCAAGCAAGCGCGCGGAUGAAUUGGGGUUACACAGCUUUGCCAGUGGGCGAACGCCGAGCGCCUACUUUGUCAUGUGGCCAGACUGGACGGCCAGCAACUGGGGUGCUAAGGCGCCACCCUUGUCCCGCGCGGGGGCCCGAGUUGUGUGGGAUAUAGACUGUUGCUCCAAUCACUUCUAGAGAGCUUGUCCUUGCACCCCCCCCAGGCGAGCAACGAUGCUGGGUCCAGGCAGAGUGCUAAACACCUCGGCGAGAGAGCCCACUGAGGGAUCGGGCUUUGUUGGUACAAAGUCCGAAAUGCCUGGGUGUUUCACGUGUGCCGAUCGAAAGAAGCGUUGCCCUCGCAGAUAUGACUCCGAGGGGAAAUGUUGGGAUUGUGCCCGACUGCACUUGAGGUGCCUCAGCAAUGAAGACGGUAAGAAGAUGACACCGUCACAACUAUUAAACUUUCAAGAUGAAAGGAAAAGGGCAGCCAAAGAAACAAGAAGGCCCCACAACAGGAAUGGCUCGGCUGCACUGGAACCACAGAUGCCAACUUUUAACCCCACAAGGCAGUACGUCCAUCAGCAGAAUGCAGGAGAGCAAGUACUUCCGAGUGGUGCAUCCGGCGCUACAAGCUAUCUUGCCGCGCAGACCCACGGCACCCACAACCUCUCCGAGACAGGCUUCAACAGGUUCGGGAGCGCCGAAGUUUCUACGGAAAAUGCCGGGGGCAUGGAGUUCGCCGCUCAUCCACCGCCUCAGGUCAUUCCUGAGCAUUUCAGCCCAGCUUUCGCAUUCCCCCCCGUAUCUGACCGUGGUACGAAUUACGGGUAUUCUUUGUUUCCCACUGGCGAUGGUGAGCUGGGGCGGCGCCGGGACCUCAGCCGCUUCAAGUCGCUACCCGCCAAAUCAAUUUCAAAAUUUCACCCCGGUUGA